CAAAAGAAAGAAUUUGAGGCUGGAGACAAGUACGGAGGAGCGAUAGAGGAGAAGACCGGAAAUAGUACAGCCCAAAAAAAAAAAGAAGCUCGAGAUCAGACAGACAAUGGAGAUGCGAGAUCCGUCGAAACCGGAUCCUGGUCCGAACCCAAACUCCGAGAACCAGGCCUCUCGCUUUCCCCACGCCAUGACGACGUCGUUUCACCGCCCAAGCCCGGGCUUACCGGCCCGCGGAUCCUACCACCGGAGGGCCCAAUCGGAGGUCCAAUUCCGGCUUCCUGACGACCUCGAUCUGCUAUCCGAUCCCUUCGACGGCCCUUCUGGAAGCUUCGAAGAGCUCGGAUCGGAGGACGACCUGUUCUCCACCUACAUGGACAUUGAGAAGUUCGGAUCCAAGCUCAACGACGGGCCCGCCGCCGCGCCGAAACCGGACAAUGCCGGCGGAGGGGAAGAGAAGAAUGCGAGGCCGAGGCACCGGCAUAGCAAUUCGGUGGACUGUUCGAAUUUGGAGACGAUUGAGGCUAAGAAAGCCAUGGCUCCUGAUAAGCUUGCCGAAUUGUGGACCCUUGAUCCCAAGCGAGCUAAGAGGAUUUUGGCAAAUAGGCAGUCUGCUGCUCGUUCUAAAGAGAGGAAGGCUCGUUACAUUACAGAACUUGAGAGAAAAGUUCAAACGCUUCAAACAGAAGCCACUACUCUUUCUGCACAACUAACUCUUUUCCAGAGAGAUACAACUGGUCUUAGUAGUGAAAACACAGAGCUUACACUUCGAUUACAAGCUAUGGAGCAGCAAGCUCAUUUGCGUGAUGCUCUUAAUGAAGCGCUGAAGAAAGAAGUUGAGAGGCUCAAGAUUGCCACUGGAGAAACGUUGACACAUACCGAUACUUACAAUUUCGGAAUGCACCAUAUCCCCUACUCAUCCCAAUCUUCCUUCUUUUCAAAUCAGCAUCAAGCUGGUCGAGGUGACACCCGUAACAUUCAAAUGCCACAGUUUAAUCCGCUUCAGUCUAAUAAUGUAUCCACUACGCAUCAGCCUAUGCUCUCUGCAGCCUACUCUCAUGCCUCAGAGACGUUGCAGCUUGAUCCUAUAGGCCGGCUGCAGGGUCUUGAUAUCAGCAACAGAGGUUCUCAUCUAGUGAAGCCCGAAGGGCCCUCCAUUUCUGCGGGCGAAGGCAGCAGUAACAGAUUUUGAGCUAAUGUUGCUCGUCCUGACAUGGUCCAAGCCAUAUUUGUUGGAUUGUUCAUAGACUGACCUUAUUGACAGCCAAAGGUACAGUUUUAGGGUUUCAUCUGAACUUGAUUCUUUCAAUUUGUUUGGUUUUAAAAUUUUGGCUAGCUUGUUAGGUUUUAAGUUAUUCAUGGAAUUGUUUCUUUUCAAUUGACAAAUUCUUUGUUUUUUCUUCUUUGGGGUUUCUAUUGUUGGAAGAGAGGGUUGUUCUCAGUGAUGAGAGACUAAGGUGAAAAGCUAUAUAUUCUCGUCACUUGUGACUAAGGUGUCAUUUGCUAUGAAAAUCUCUUUCUUGUUAUGUUUUUGGUCUACUGAGUGAACUCUCUCACAUACACACA